UUAAAGAAUUCUUUUUUCUACGCAAAUUGGCGCCAUAUGAAAACACUAGAUAUACCAAAAGGACGUAGUGCUGUCAUAGUCAGCGCUGUGAGAACCCCAAUAGGUGCUAUGGGAGGUGUGCUUUCUAGCGUGCCUGCAACACAACUAGGUGCUAUAGCCAUAAAAGGAGCUUUAGAAGCAGCAAAAGUUGAAGCAUCCUUGGUUGAAUAUUGUUAUAUGGGAAAUGUUUGCCAUGCUGGUUUAGGCCAGGCACCUGCACGUCAAGCAGCUUUGGAAGCAGGGCUGUCUCCUUCUUGUUGUUGUAUGACGUUGAACAAAGUGUGUGCUUCAGGUUCUCGUGCCAUCGCGUUAGCAGUACAAGACAUAUGGCUGGGAAUUGCAGAUGUUGUUGUGGCUGGUGGCUUUGAAAAUAUGUCAAUGAUUCCUUAUUAUCUGCCAAAAGCGCGUUUUGGGUAUCGUAUGGGAAAUGGGGAGCUUGUAGAUGGUAUGAUCAAAGACGGACUAUGGGAUCCAUAUGGGGAUAAGCAUAUGGGUAAUUUUGCAGAACUCUGUGCAAAGACCUACAACUUUACUCGCGAAGACCAAGACCAUUUUGCCAUCUCUAGUUAUAAGAGAGCUCAUGAGGCCAAUGAAAGUGGAUUCGUGAAAGACGAGAUUAUAGGAGUUCCAAUUGAAGAUAAGAGGAAGGGAACGCAGUUUGUGCUCGAUGACGAAGAGUAUACCAAAGUUCAGUACGAUAAAGUUCCCAGUUUACGUCCGGUCUUCCAAAAUGAUGGAACCGUAACAGCUGCUAACGCCUCAUCUAUUAGUGAUGGAGCUGCAGCUGUUGUAGUGAUGUCAGAAGAAAAGGCGAAUGAGUUGGGAGUUAAGAUAAUUGCUAGAAUUUUGGGUUUUGGUGAUGCUGAGCGUCCUCCAGAAGAGUUUACUGUCGCACCGUCGCUGGCGAUUCCCAAGGCCUUGAAACAUGCAGGCGGUAUCCGUAUAGAGGACGUUGACUUGUUUGAGAUCAAUGAGGCUUUUUCGGUUGUAGCAUUAGCAAAUAUGAAGAUAUUAGGCCUGGACCCUGCCAAAGUGAAUGUAUUUGGAGGUGCUGUAGCUUUAGGACACCCACUCGGCUGCAGUGGUGCUCGAAUAGUUGUAACUUUGUUAAAUGCACUAAAGCAUCGAAAAGGAAAGAUUGGUGUUUCGGCUAUUUGUAAUGGUGGUGGUGGUGCUUCUGCUUUGGUUUUUCAAAUGGAAUAAAAUAGAUUUUUCAUUUCGAAGACGACU